AUGAAUUUAUGCGCACAUUGUCGAGAUUUUAUCACCAAGCGUCUAUAUUGGAAUAUCAUACCAGACGGUCCCUCAGGUUACAUCUGGUCAAUGGCACUGGAAAUUGAUAAACUAUUCUUCGCUCCCACCGACUAUGGGUGCUAUAUUUGCAAACGGAUCUUCUGCAACCUAGCAAAGAAUCUUCAGUCACAGUUAAGAGGUCUUGAUGGACAGCUUCCGCAAAACAAGAGGCACGGGGAAUGUUUUGAACACGAUAUGCCAAACCCACAGAUAUUUCGUGCUAUAUCCCCCGCGGUAUUCAUGGGCUACAGGAUCUGUGGGAACUCUUUCAGCGUCUGUUUCUGGUGUGGGGACGAGUAUUACCCAUGUGCUCAUUUUCAAGGCAGAAUGAAUCUUAUUGGCAAAGAACUGUCAAAUGUACUACCAAGCUGGAGGAUCACCUCGAGCUCAACUGAUUCGAAGGAGACAUUUGCAAAAAUAAAUAAAUGGCUGGAGCGUUGUACCUCCGAGCAUAUACAAUGCCCCAACCGUCGAGAGAGACAUACAAAUGUCUGGCGUCCAACUCGGCUGCUUGAAAUUAAUUGUUUCAAAAGUCAUAAUAAGAAGGAUCUCAAGUUACGAAUCGUACAUGGUACCCAAGUCUCUGCGCACAGGCAGUACGCUACCCUAAGCCAUCGUUGGGGGAAGGAAAAUAUGGCGCGGCUAACUAGUAUUCCGACAGAAGUCCUUUCUCAGACUUUUCAGGAUGCCAUUCGAGCGGUCAGGAGACUUAAAGUCAAAUUUCUCUGGAUUGAUUCUCUCUGUAUCAUUCAAGAGGGCUAUGAGCUUGCAGAUUGGAAACGAGAGGCUCCAGUGAUGCAUGAAGUAUAUUCGAAUGCAUGCUUCAAUAUUUGUGCCUCGUGGGGGCCUACACUAGGCAGAUCCAUGCACGUGUCUUCUGAAAAGGGAGAUGGGGCUUGGGGUGAGUUGGUUGAGGAUUCUGAGUUGGCUAUGCGCGGCUGGGUAUUCCAAGAACGCUUGCUGAGUCCCAGGAACAUCUACUUCUGCAAGGAUAUCGUUCUGUACGAGUGUUAUGAGAAACGCUGGAGCGAAUCUGUGGGACUUGAUGUCGUACCAUGGAGGCCUCUUGUGUAUCCCAAUUCCGUGGGCGCCAACAAUACCUCAUCACCUACCAUUAAGAAAUUGCUGCCGAACGCCAGGUCGAUCAGCAGCAACAAGCUUUAUCAGACUUGGUACGACUUGGUGUCGAAAUAUUCAGACACAGAGCUCACCUUCCCGAGUGACAGACUUGCAGCAAUAGCAGGCAUCGCUCAGCAAUUCAUAAUAAAAUUCAAAAAAGAUAAUAUAAAAGAUGUGUACGUGGCAGGACUAUCGCUUAGUCGUCUAUCUCUCGAAAUGCUUUGGAAAAGCACGAUAAACAUGUCUUAUUCUAAGCAACAUAAUCUUUUCUCGAGGCCAACACAUUUGACGUUUUCAUGGAUCUCCGGCUACUGGGUUCUCAUAAAAGAUGGAGACCUUGAAGGUGAGGAUCCCGAUGAAAAGUUCAUCUUACCACAGGUAACUUGUGUCAAGUGGCGUACUUAUGCUCACACCGACCCUGAAAAAUAUGUUUUCAACGAAGACAUUAUCAUGCCCCCAUCAACGCCAUGCAUCGAAGUCAUGGUCCAGGGAGUCUUAAAGCGAAUGAGGCUGAUAAGAGGUCAAGACAUAUUCCAUGUGUUUCCCGUUGAUGCAAUUGGGGUUACCGAGCCGAAACAAGACUUGGAGUCUCUGGAAGAACGCGAGAAUGAUUCGGACGCUCGACAAAGCCUGUUUGUUUGGGCCGGGCUCGAUUUCACAACCAACGAAACAGAAAUUUCCAUUCUGAACGAUUCGAAAAAACUGUUCUACGUGCCUUGGUAUGACAAUGAUGACCGAGGCAGCUAUGGUCUAUCCAACAGUUACUGUUUGCUACUUGAACUUGUAUCUUGCGAGAUGGGCAGGUUUCGGCGGAUAGGUAUGCUGAACUUUGGUCCUGAGUACCGCGAUCUGUACUUUGCGUCGCAAAUCGAUGAGCAAGACUAUCCAUGUUAG